AUGUCGAUGGCCUAUCCCUACAACCAACCCUUGGAGGUGGUGCAUAAUGCAUACACGGCUCAGCAGACCACGGAAAUAGCUUCACGUAUGGGAGCUGCAAAGGCGAGGAUGCGUGUCGACAAGAUUCUCACCAGCUCUUUUAUGGCAGGAGCGAUUCUCGCGUUUGCUUGUGCUGCAGUCUCGAUCGUCAAUGUGGCUCCCUGGUACCAAGAGAACGCUCCGGGAGUGAUCAAGCUGUUUGCAGCUCUCAUUUUCCCUUUCGGUCUCGUUGCCAUCAUCUUGACUGGUGCAGAUCUGGCUACAGGCAGUUUCAUGGUAAGGCCUCUUUGUCGACACAUUUCCCUCUAUUGCUAG